AUGUCCGGGAAACACGAGAAUCUUACCAAAAUGAAAACAUUCCCGAAAAGCGAAAGGCAAUUCAAGUCUCCUGGUUUGAAAGUUUUCAGAAAGGAACAGAAGUAUCCAUCCAACACUUCAAAAUCGCGGCAAAUGAAAGUGGAUUGUACUAAUACUCCUGCUAAAAAUGUAAACAUAAAGCGGUGCGUGUGCCAAUGCCUUCAACUGAAUCAUCAUUUUCAGAGCUGAAAGAUCAAACACUUCCAAGCAAUGAUAAUCAAUUUGGCAACGAGAAAGAACGCAUUAAUGUAAAGUUACAUGAUCGAAAUGUUGAACAAAAUUCAAAUCCAAACCCUUCAUCAAAUCAGAAUAAACACGAUUUUUUGUCUUCUCCCGUGAAAGUUUGCAGAAAGGAACAGAAACGUCCAUCCAACACUUCAAAUUCGCGGCAAAUGAAAGUGGAUUGUACUAAUAGUCCUGCUAAGAAAUGUAAACAUGAAGCGGUGCGUGUGCCAAUGCCUUCAACUGAAUAA